GCAGAGCAGGGGAAAGCGGUCGUUAUCGGAUGACGUAGCACGCGUGCCAGUUUCUCGCUAUCUCAAACGGCCGUCGGUGUAAAAUCUCCUUCUAGACCCGGUGCCCAGCAAGACUGUUUGUCAUUCGUCCUGGAGAGCUAAGUGACCAAAGCUUUUUCGGCGCAUCACCUUUCAUCAUCGAAAAACCGGAGGUAUCGGCAAUGAGCCCUUCUGCCACGAGCCAGAUCGACGUCCGCGCGGUCGUCGACGAGGCGGUCGCAUCUCGAGCCGAGGCUUUGCACGCCGUGGGUCGCUUCCUGUGGGAGAACCCGGAGACGCGCUUCGAGGAGCACAAGGCGCACGACACGCUCUGCGUCUUCCUCGAGAGCGAAGGUUUCGACGUGCGGCGACACCACGUCCUGCGCACGGCCUUCCGCGCGGAGUACGGGGCCGGUUCUCCUGUGGUGGCGCUACUGUGCGAGUACGACGCCCUUCCCGGCCUUGGCCACGCCUGCGGACACAACCUGAUCGCUGAGAGCGCAGUCAGCGCUGCGGUCGCAGCGAGGGAGCUCAUCCGACGGAGUGAGUUGUGCGAGGCACCGGUAAAGGGAAAGAUAGUAGUGCUUGGAACGCCUGCCGAAGAAGGCGGCAUGGGUAAAGAGCUGCUGCUGCGUGCCGGGGCACUGGACGAUGUCGACGCCGCGCUCAUGGCGCAUCCUGAGAACAGGGCAGUCCUACGACUCCACCUGUCGGCAAGAUGCGGAGUCAGCGUGACCUUUGACACCAUCGAUGCUCCGGACGGGGAACGGCAGGCCAGCGCCAUGGACGCCUCUGUGCUCGCUUACCACAAUAUGUCCCUCCUGAGAGCCAGUAUGGACCCAGAGUGUCGAAUGCACGGUGUGCUCAGCACCGAGACGAAGACCGGCUUCGAUGUUCGCCGUAGCCGGCUGGACAUGAACGUGCGGGCGCCCAACACCGAGCGUGUCCUGCAGAUGCGGCGCGACAUCGAGGCCUGCGCUAACGCGGCAGCCAAGGCCACGGGCUGUCACGUCACCAUCGCCGAGAUGGGACCACUCUGCAAGCACAUGAACUACAACGAAUCCUUGCUGAGGAUAUUCCAGAAGCACGCCGACGAGUACGGAAUGACCUUCAACGACGGCCCCGUGAUAACGGGCUCCACCUCCGACGUGGGCAACGUGUCUCACCGGCUGCCCACCAUCCACCCUGUGUACCGCAUCGAGUCUGCCACCUUCAACCACACGACAGAGUUCUGCCGCGUCGCCGGCACGAGGAAGGCGCAGGAAACAGCGCUGCUCAUUGGCAAGAUGCUGGCGCUCACAGCCUUUGACCUGCUGCGCGACCCGCGUCACCUCGAAUGUGCUAAGAAAGAGUUCGACGGAUGCGCUGCGCUCGUCGUGUGAACCGUAGACGCUAGUUCAUACUACACCGAUUCAUUCGCAUUCUGUAUCUACGGAGUAAGAUGUGCGGGAGUUCCAACCGCGCAGUGCGUCUCGGUGCAUUCGCGAAACGCCCUAGCUGCUAUAAGCUAUUACAUAGCGUGCUCAACAUUUCUGUCAGUGCCUUCUAAAUAACAAAACGCACGCGCGCAUUUGGGAAGUGACGUCAUGCAGGAAGGCGGGAAGCCCGCGAAAUUCUAUGAGGUACAGCAAUGACAAUCAUUGGACUUGUUGUUGUUUUGUCGGAGGCGUAUGCUUGAAGGCAAUGAGGUUCGGCCUUUCGAUAUCACGUCACCCUGAGACCACGGGAAUCUCUAUCUGUCAUCUCUAGGCAUUAUAAGGUGUCGGAUUCCACAAUAACCGCAAGGUAUUUUUUUUCUUUGGAGCCGUAGCGCCACACAAGUGGACCGAGAGUCGGUACACGGGGUUAGGUAGGUAUACGGCUACGAUCUACUGAAUGAGCAUGUAUAGCGUUCCUGCUUUUCCCGCACCACGUUUGGCAAUAAAUAAAUUCCGCCAGGACCCAUCUCACAAUGAAUGUCGACGUCAAUGCGAUUAGCAUUCAAGCAAUGUAGUGACACACUGCAAUGCCAUCGCUGAGAUGCGCCAGGCGGGAGCCAUGCACUCCAGGCAGGCUCCUCUCUCGAUAUUUCCUCUGGACUCGUUGCGCCAUCUAACGGCGCGCCCGCGAAGUCCUCCUCAUUUUGCGUGGCCUCCGAGAUCGCGCCAACAUUGCGCCGCUGCUUCUUAACGCUGAGAAGUAAUCACUCACUGCCCGCGGGCAGUCAUGGGGCAGCGUUAAAGCGCCGGGGUGCUGUGCUUAAGGAAUUCGGCUAACGCAGGUUAGAUUCCACCGAGGAGCGGAGGAACUUCGAAGAAUUUUUAUAGCGAUUAGCAUUUUUAACCUACCUAAGCCAUUUCGCGAAUAUCUAUAUCAAUCCACCUAUCUAUCUGUGUAGCCUCUUUACGCCGUUCUUCAACAAAAAGAAAAAAAAAAAAGGUUCUUUAAAUUUCUCUGAUUUUGGGAGAAUUCAAACUCGCGUUUCUCGGGUUCCUUGAGCACAACCACCCAAGGCUUUAGUGUGGCGCCACCAACCUCCUUGGGCACCACGAACACGCGCGAGCCGGGAGGGAUUAUUUCUUGAUGUUGGAAUGCACCGGCACGCCAUCGGUGCCAUUUCAGAAGUGGACAUCGCGCGCGCUCUGCUAGAUUGCGUAGCGUGUCUAGCAGAAAGCCCGGCGGCAAUUCACGGCUUCUAAUACGUGACGCGUUUAAGCGAUGGCAGUACGGUCAGUCGCUACGUUUUCUCGAACGCUAAUUGCAUUAAGGUCCACAGCCAUCAUGCUUUGGGUUCUGUCAGAAUUUUAUUUUAAUUGAAGAGCGGCGUGAAGAUGCUAUAGGAUAUACAGACAGAUAGACACGAAGUGGCUUAAGUAGGCUAAGAAUGCUAAUCGCAUUAAAUGUCUAUAGCCUGCUCGAGUUGGAACUGCGGCUCCAAACGCACAGGCCAUGUGUGAGCUAGGUAGUAAUGAUUCUACUUAUUUUUUUAUAUUCCUCUUACUCGAUCUGUUCGGCAGCGACAGCUUUUAUAUGACCUCAUGCCUGGUGUGUUCUUCGUGCGUAGUUUUGUGCAUGAUAGCAUUUCUCCGGAGCAGCGUGCUAGGCGAGCAGGCAGGCAAACCUAUUUAGAUAUAAUUUCCGGGCGUUGAAGUUUAGUGAAAUUUUAGUCACCAAGGUUAUUGCACGAUUCACGCCAUGCUGAUCACUAUAAAACCCCCUUAAGUUUGUCGCAGUUUUACCAUAAUAUAACAAGGACGGAUGCAUGCAGUCAUCGACCGCCGCGGUGAGAGAGGAGGAGGAGGAGGAGGAAAGAGAGAAGGCAGGCAUGUUGACCCAGAAAUGCGUUUGGUUGGAUACCCUACACUGGGGGACGCGAAAGAGGGAAUAGAAAGGUGACAUAUAGAGAGGAGGGGUUUGGGAGGAAGGACGCAGUGAGCUCGCGCACGCACACGGAGGGCGUGAGCGAAGUGUGUCAGCAACUUAACAUCUAGAGUAAAGAAUCGAAUAAUGCCAUAUUCGAGUCGGUCUUCGAAUCGAAUAGUCACUAUUCGUAAAUACGAAUACUUUUGCAUAUUUUUCGAACAGCCGAAGUCAUGUAGUGUGUCCAAUCAAGCAUACAAUUGGAGUGAAAUUACGAUAAGCUUCCUCCCGGUGGCCGAAGUACUAUAGACAUAAAACACGAGAAGUUUCGUACUAGCCCAACAGUCAGACCUCCAGUUGCGUAUAGCCCGAGAAAUUUGAGUUGCGCCCUCUUGCGUGUGACGUCAGCUAGGGCAAUGCGCGCGCUCGCUACGCCAGGGCUGGUUUGCGCGGACGGUUGACCUGCCCUACUAGAGUCCUUGAAAUCUUAAACUGCAGGUUAGUGGUACAGUACGCAUGGAAUAUUCUAGAACACUAUUCCUCGCAAAAUCCGGCGGAGUCGCCGUAGGAACUACGGCAACUACGGCGUAUGGAUUGCUCCUGGUGUCGUCUGAUAUUCAUCAAUGUGUACAUGUAUAUGUGUACGGCGUGGGCAUCUUGUCAAGACUGUUCCGCGGUCGUAGUGCACUCAUAUUGGCGUCGUAUUUUUUUUGUUUGACGGCGAUAAGCUACAGAAUUUGACUUUCGAUCGCCCUGUCAGCGCUGUAAUAAAGUUCUUGCCUUUGUACAGUUCUUACCUUUGUCCACCGCUCCAUGCGUGGUCAGUCGCACGCUCCGUUGGCCACGGACCCACGGAACUUAGUUGCGGCCGAGCGCUUUAAGCUGGCCACAAAAGACGUGCGAUACCGUUCUCAAGAAAUUAGGUGGUCACUGCAGUGCAUCCAUACAUCCAGUGCUUUAGCGGAAUUGCAGCAAAAUGCUGUACUUUGCUGCAUUGUGGCAUUAGGUAAGUGAUGGAUCAACAGCUUUAUAUGAUCCUGUAGGACGCACGCCGAACCUGCUCAGAAAACACGAAGAAGUUGUGAAAACCGAAAAUGCGCGGUUGAGUGUGAGAUCCGAAGUUUGCUUGAACUUUUUGUGCCUCUUUCACUUACCAUAGCUAUAGAUAGGUUCCCCGAUUUUCGCGAAAAAGAAUAAGCAAAAAUAAAAUAGCAUAAACGAAAAGCUAAAAGAAAGGUGAUGUAUGAGUAGUGUAUAUGACCCAUCCAUUGCACUUAGAGGGUUGCUGUCAAUGUUAGCUAGGAAACCGACCAAACUAGACGCAUCGAAGCCCUUUCGUCUACGUUUUAAAUGCGUAUCGCCAACUGCCCAUCUGCAAGCUUGCAGCGGUUUGUAAAUGUCUCGAACGUCUGGUAGAAGGGCGGAAAAAGUUAGGGAUAAAAACAUGGAGUACGCUUAAGCUUCGCCUUUAAGAGUGGAACGCGAUAGCUUUAUUGGACGCCAUUGACACCGACACCGUAUUUUCUGCGACAUGGGGCCCGAUCAAAAUUUAGAAAGGCUCGGUUUUCAACACUCUCCUCAAUGUUGCCUAGAACCAAAGUACAGCAGAACACCAUCAGAAUUGGAGGACGCUUAAGCUUCGCCUUUAAAAGUGGAACGCGAUAGCAUUCAAAGAUCCCUGGCUGCUUAGCAGUCUUUUUUCUCGUAUAUUUAAAUUACAAUCCGACGCUAUCACGUCUGUAGGUUGUGGUUAAGUCGUACGUUACGAUUUUUCUGACGGAUUUUACUUUGAGAAAUUCAAUUUUUGUUCACCAACGCCAUGCGCCACGCGGAGGGCCUGUGUGGUUGGGGUGGUUGGGGAUGAUGUGGUUUGGAAUGAUUAUUUCCGCCAGACGCCGAUGCUUAACGCCGACACCG